AUGGAAGAUCACAUGACUCCGUCGGAAAUGGAGGAGACCGGAUGCAGUUCCAUCAGUGUGGGGGAACCCUCAGUGACUGCUGAGGUGGAUUUGGAUGUGCGGGCGCUGCUUGACCGAGUGAGGGUCCUGGAGCAGAAUGCCAACCCGGUGGACCCGUCUGUCUGCUACCUAGGGAGCAGUAUCAGAGAGUUGGAGAUAUCAGAGAAGACUCUGCUGUUAAAGCUCAGCCAGCUAGCCGCCACCUUUCACCGCCACUGGCCCAGCAUGCAACACUCCCAGAGGCUGGAUCAGAGACUCCGCAUGCUCAGGGAGGAGGUCAGGACCAUGACUCAGGAGAAGGAACGAGGGGAUCGGGUUUGGAGGGACCGAUUGCAGCGUUGCCAGACCCAACUGAGGGUCAAAGAGGAGGAGAUGGGUCGCCAGUCCCAGUACUUUGAGAACUUUAAGACCCAACUCCUGCACAAGCUCAGUCUGGCGCGGGACAGAGAGCAGAGCCUGCAGACCCGGGUCCAUGCCUUGGAGAAACAGCUACUGGACAUGAAAGUGUCCACCGCCACUAACAUGGCGUCUCUCACAACAGCCAGUAUUACUGCCGGGUCUCUAUCGAACAGAGAAGAGCAAGGGAGCCCGCCCUGCCUCAGAGGAGAGGGGGAAGGAGAGGAGGAGGGGGAGAAGGAAGAGAGGAGGAGGCAAUGGAAGUCGAGACCUUGGUGCCAAGGAGGGGUGGGAAAACAGGGGGGUGAACUGGAGACAGAGGAGAUGGAGGGAGAAAGAGGGAACGACAAAGAAAGGUUUUCGAAUGAGGCCAGGCUGCGGGGCUUCAUCCUGACCCUGCAGGAGGACCUCAGCGUGUUGCUGGAGAGAGAGGAGCAGGGGCUGGCAGAGCGGAGGCUGCUGACGGAGCAGCUCCAGGAGGCCCAGGAGAGCAGCCACUUCCUGGGCUGCAGGAUGGAAGAGAUGAAGGCGGAGGUCCAGAGGCUGAGGCUGUCUGAGAACUCCCUGAUGGAGGGGGUGGAGGAGCUGAGAGAGGAGAACCAGAGACUCCAGCAGAGCCUCAGGGAAGCAAGGGAAGCCAACCAAACAGUCAGUCAGCCAUCAACGGUCCAACAACACAACGAUGAGCAUUCAGGUCAACCACAACCAGCUGCACUUUCACUUAAUGACCACCAGGGCGCAGCAGAGACAUCACAAAACAACAUAGAGGCUCGCGCCAACGGAUCAGACGCUUUGACUCUGACUAAACCAGAUAUUCCGAAACUCGUAUCCCACUUUUGCUCCAAAGCCAACCCCAGCAUGAAAUCCCUUCCCUUUGCCACGGAAAUGGUGGAGGUGGAGGAGGUAAAUCUGGGGACUUGGUGCUCCGAUGGGACAUUAAACCUGGAGGAAUGUUUCAGUGAGGAGGCUGAUGCCCUACAUGAAGCAUACAGUAGCCUGGAGACUCAAGAAGAGCACUACAACCAUGUGGAGGCCGCUCUGCAGCAAACACAGAAGCAUCUCCAGAAGGUGACCCAGGAAAAUACCCGAAUGAAACUAGAACAGAGGGAACAGGCAGAAGAACCAGACGCAUAUAGAGGGCAAGGCAGAGAAAGGAUUAAGAGCAUGCCAAAGCAAAACACAUCAGCUCCACCUGAUAGUACUGAUCAAGUCCCAUCCUCUCCCACCCAUGACAACAUACUCACCCUCGCCCAAGAUGAUCUUGCCCAGGCUUUGAACCAGGAGAACCGGGCCUUGGCUGACCAUAUAAAAGAACUACUGGCUCAUAUUGAGCUGCAUGAGGGGGAGAGCAUCAGGGAGCUCGGCCAUUUAAGGGAGCAGAUCUCCAGGUCAGAGGUAGACAGGAUCCGGCUGGAGCAGGAGAACCAGGAACAAGGAUGCCUGAUCACAGAGCUCACCAGGAAAACCGAGGAUGAUCUCAACACUAUCAUGGAGCUGCAGCAGAAGAUAAUGGAAAGACGGAGUAUUCAGCAGAGUAAUCUGGAGGAAUUAGCGGAUAGUGUGGUUGACUGUCUACUACAAGCUGAUAAAGACUUGGGUCCAGUAUCAAGUGAACAAGUGGACCGUAUGAUAAGUGAUUCAUCAUUUUGCUGUCAAAAUGAUGACUGCAAUGACUCAAAACCCAACAGCCUGCAAGGCAAUGCAAGUUCAAUGACUGGAUGCGUUGACCAGCUGACUAAGUCAGUCCAGAGCCUUAAAGAAGAAGAAAGUGAACUGAUUGUCACCAUAAAUUCCUUGAAAGAGCAGCAGAGAGACGUCGCCCUGCUGACCCAAACGCAGACGGAAGAGAAACAGCAGCUCACUCGCACAAUUUGGGGACUGAAGGAGGAGAGAGACGGCAUCAGUCAAUCUCUGGCCAGUCUCAAACAGCAGAGAGACCAGCUAAGUAGAACAGUCUGCGGGCUAAGAGAUGAAAAAGACCAGUUUACGAGGUCUGUGAAUGGACUGAAAAAGGAAGAGGAACGGCUAACCAAGUCAUUGUCUGUGCUUCAAGAAGAAAGUCAGAGGCUGCUGGGGUCUCUCCGCAAUGAAAGUGAUGAGAGAGACCAAACCACACGAGCUCUUCAUAAUUUACAGGAAGAAAGGGACCAGUUAAGCCAGUUAGUGUAUAAUCUGAAACAGGAGCGAGAUGAGCUAACAGAUACAAUCAAGUGCGCAAAAGAGCAGAGAGGCAGAGAACAAUCAUGGCAUACGUCUAAAGAAGAGCUGGACACGCUGAUGCUGUCAGUUUGCUGUUUGAAGGAAGAGAAAGAGAAAACUGAAAAUGCAAUCACUGUGUUGAAACAAGAGGAAAAGCGGGUAAUGGUGUCGCUCCAGGGUCAAAGAGAGGAGAGAGACAAACUUCUAGCUAAGGCUGCUACACUUCACAACCAGUCACAAACAGAGGAACAUAAUCAGCGGCAGCAUCUGUUCUGUCAGAAUCCUGCUGAUAUGGCAAACAAGACACAGGCUGUGAUUGAUGGGACUGGAGACCUUGCCACUCAAAGGAAGUUUGCACAGGAAGAUUUGGGUGGAAAACGGGAACAAAGUGACCCCACGAGGGAGGUUGAAGUUUUGGGAGCCGAACUAAGGAAGUCACGAGAGGAACUCGUCAGAACCCAGUUAGAGACACAAAAGUUGCACAGUGAAUUGCAUCAGUCAGAGAGGAGGAAGGAGGAGAGUGAGAAGAGGGCAAAUGAAGCAGCCACUGAGGUGAUAAGAAUGAUGGAUGAAGUCAGUCAGAUGGAAGAGACCCGGAUGGAAAAUGAAAGACUGAUAACACAGGUUAUAGAGCAACAGAGAAUACUGACAGGUCUGAUUAAGGAGAAAGCUGAUGCUUUGUCACUGAAGUCACAGAUACAAGAACAGUUCACCAUGCUACAGGCACAGCUAAAAGCCAAGACGGUGGCUCUGGAGGAGCUGAACUCGGAGUACAUGGUGCUGAAAAGAGGGCAGAAGACCUGUGAAGAGUUAAGCGCUGGUGUCGUGGCGCUCAGGAUGCGCUACAAUGACAUGAGGGCUAAGUAUGAUGCUCUCCUGAAGAAGAGGAGCCAGACAGACCUAGAUAUAGCUCCUUUAAAGGCCAAGCUGUCAUGCCUGGUGGUGAAGUGUCAAGAGAGGAACAGCCUGUUGGUCCAGAUGAUGAGAGCCAUGCACAGGCAAGGCUGCCUGGACCUCGCUCUCACACAGCAGGUUGAGGAGCUGCUAAGUGACGACGCCCUGGCGGACUACACUGCGGCUUUCUUACCACGAACAGGUGUAAAGAUCCAGGAUUACAGUAAUGGGCACAUACCUGGAUUUAUUUUAAAACUCCAGGACCACACCAGUGUGUUCACACCCGAUCGAAGCCUCACCGCCGAAUUUCCACCUAGCUGGAAACUCCAGGAAUGCCAAAAUGGACUCCUGCUUGGAUCUGAAGUAAAACCCCAAGAACAUACUGGUGUGGUUACUUCAGGGUCCACAACAAAUCUUCACGACUGUAGUAGUGAAUCUUCGCUAAUACCAAACACAGCACAAAAGACAAUUGCCAAAUCACCUGUGCCAACUUCACCGUUGCGUGAGCACGCCAGUGUCCAAGCUCCACCAUCACCUGUUUCUCCAGUUCUGAAAGAGAACCAUCCUACCUCUGCCAACGGCUCAGCCCAGGCACCGAGUGUUUCAGAAACCCUUGGGCGUUACCAAACCGAGGUGAAAGGAGAAUCCAGCCCAGGUCUUCCUAGUUUCUCCGAGGAGAAUAGAAUGCUCCUAAGUUCUGCUCCCCCAUCACCAAACAGAUGCGUCCAUCUGAAUCGGAGGCUGAGCAGUCCUGAGAAGAUCAUCAACCUACAUCAGCAGUUGCAGAAGACGCUGACGAGCAGCUAUCAGGCUCCAGUGAGAAGAGGGGCAGCUGACAUCCACGCGAGGUGCAGAGAGAGAGGACAGCACUCCUGCAAAGGACUCUCAAACGUGGCAGAGCUGAGCACAGAAUCCCAGACUAAAAACCCAGUCCUCACCCUCAACGCUGCCCCUGUCCGACUCACCGCUCCCCUCAGCAAAGCUCAACAGACUCCUGUAACAACCGCUGGACUUAAUACAACUAAUAGGUCCGCAACGCUUUUUACUGCGAUGGUGUCGAGAUCAGCCAGUGUUACAAUAAGCCCCAGCAAGUUUACACACACUCUCUCUAAAGCAGCCAUGGAUGCUACCACCACUCCAGGUCUUUCUAGCUGCACCAACUCCACUGUUACCAUCAUGGCCUCCGGUAAUGCUAAAGCUAGCUCAGAAAGCACCGCUGCAGCCGCCAGUAUACCAACACCUCAGAAACCAACAAGGCAAAUGUCUGCUAUGCCUGUCGUAUCUGGCACUGCUCGACAAACAACAACUACUACUUUAAUGUUUCGGUCGACUACCUCUGAGAGUAACACCGCCAGCUCUGAAGCUGCUUCCCAAACUGUCCCGGUAUGCACUUCGCUGACUCCAAAUGCCACUGCCUCAGACCGCACUGCCUCCAGCAAACAGUCUGCAUCAAGGGUUAAUAAUAAGGCCCCGAAUGUCAUCGUCUCCCUGGAUGGUGCUGCCGCUGUAUGUGAUGGUCUUGGAUCUGCCACGGCCUAUGUUGAAUCUGCUCCUCACUCACCUGAGAGGUUCUUCAAGCCAAACUGUGAGUCUACCGCUGCUGCAGAAAAAGCCAAGAAAAGACAUAAGUCAGAGGCUCCAGCAGAGGUGGGCUCUGUUCAGGUCAUCAGGACAGUGGGCCAGUGCAGCCUCCUGAUUGGCUGGGAGAGACCGCCGCUCAACGAGCUGGGCUGCAGUAAUGGCACCUUUGUGUAUGGAUAUAGGGUCUAUGUAAAUGGGGAGUUCCACAAGUCGGUCAUGAGUUCAGCAUGCACCAAGUGUAUUCUGGAGAACGUGGACCCGAAUGUCCCGGUCCACAUCAGUGUGCAAACCCUGGGUUCCAAUGGUCUCCGUUCUAAUGAGGUCCACAUCAUGCACAGGAAUGCUGUUUUGACAGAUGGCAGCUUAUUUAGGACAGAGCCCCCUCCGUUUAGCAGGAGCGACUCACAGCCUGGCUCUCCUAGCUGUCAGACUCCAUCCUUCCACAGUUGCCUUAACCGACAAGUAAGCUCAAGACAGUAG